AUGGCCACGCCAGCCCAAGCCUCAGGGGGUCUCACAUCGCCCACCUUUGCCCAGACCACUGCCGAAUUCCGCCUCUCCAGCGACGUCUCGGGGGACGAAGCACCCCGCGGCCCCGCUGACUACCGUGAUCACCCUGCGCAGCCACCCCAAGAUCGACGCGGCCGGUCGACCAAGGGCAAGCGCAAGGCUAGGGACCUAGGCGCCAACCUCCGCAACAGCGAAGAGGACUGGUCCCCGCCGACGACGAGCGGUACGGCGAAGACGGCGGCGACGACAAAGACAACGAGUACGACGACGAUGACGAUGGGGAUCCAGCUCCACCCACGCAGCACCAGUGUUAGCACCACGGCGAGCUUCCGGCUGUACUCGCAGGAUGAGGAGGACGAGGUCGUGCGCAAGUUUGAUAGGAAGCUUGUGUUGUUUGUCGCGUUGCUCUACAUGCUGAGCUUCAUCGACCGAUAUCGGAAACGCUAG